AUGAGCGACCAGUACCUGUGUCCAAUAUGUAAGACGAUUUUCAACACAAGACCUGAGCUGCAGGUCAACACUUUCAUCUCUGAGAUGGUUGGUCAGUUCAGAGACAAAGCUCAGCAGGAAGCCAGCAGCAGUAGCUCAGAGAUACAAGAGUCCAAACCAGGAGAAGUUCUCUGUGAUGUUUGCACUGGAACCAAACUGAAGGCCCUGAAGUCCUGCUUAGACUGUCUGGUCUCCUACUGUGAGACUCACCUGGAGCCUCAUCUGACAGCUCCACGUCUGAAAAGACACCAGCUGAUCGACCCUGUGGAGAACCUGGAGGACAGGAUGUGUACGAAGCACGAUAAACCUCUGGAGCUGUUCUUGGACCUCAGUAAGGACGAUGCAGACAGAGAGAUGGCAGAAGGUGUUCAAGUCUUCACCGCUCUGAAGGAGUCUGUUGAGAGAGGCCAGGCCGAGCUCAUUGACACGAUCGUAAAGAAGCUGAAAACAACAGAGAAACAGGCCGAAGCUUUCAUCAAAGAGCUGGAGCAGGAAAUCUGUGAGCUGAUGAAGAGGAGCACUGAGGUGCAGCAGCUCUCACGCUCUGAAGACCACCUCCAUCUAAUCCAGAGAGUCCAGUCUGUUAACUCUGCUCCACCCACCAAAGACUGGACAGAGGUUAAUGUCUGUCAACCACUUUAUGAGGGGACUGUAAGGAAAGCUGUGGCUCAGCUGGAGGAGACUCUCAGUGAAGAGAUGAAGAAGUUGGUUCAAGCUGAGCUGAAGAGUUACAUCCAGCAGUAUGCUGUGGAUGUAACUCUUGAUCCUGAUACAGCACAUCCCAAUCUCGUCCUGUCUGAAGAUGGGAAACAAGUUCAUGAUGGUGAUGUGAGGAAGAAUCUUCCAGACAACCCAGAGAGAUUCUCUUCUUGUACUUGUGUUUUAGGAAAGCAGAGUUUCUCUUCAGGCAGAUUUUACUACGAGGUUCAGGUUAAAGGAAAGACUAAGUGGGAUUUAGGAGUGGCUAGAGAGUUCAGUAAAAGAAAGGGAUAA